GGCAUUUUCUAUUCUUUUAGUCCGGCCUACACAAUUCUGUUUUCUCCACAGUCUCUCUCUCUCUCUGUUUCUAUCUUUCUCUGCGUUAAUGGGUAUGGGAAUGUCUUUGUGAUAAGAGAGAUUGAUACAAAUCGAUUCGGAUAAUCGAUCAUGAUAAGCGAUAUCUGUGUACAUAUGGAUAUAGUCAGACGCUCGCGUAUAUUAGUUAUGUGGGUGAAGUAGAGUGCAUGUUUCUAUUUUUGUUAAUUGAAUGGAUUAGGGUAGUAUUCUGCUGCAGUUUUUAUGACCUAAUUGAUUGCAAGAUAUUUCCUCAAUGGGGGGAGCUUGUUCUAGGAAGAGAGAUCAACUGGAUAAUGAAGAUAGUUUACCCAGCAGGAUUUCUAGACAAUAUAGCAAAAGUUUGAGCUCAAAGUGGUUGGCAACUUCAUUUUCCAGACCUGCAUGUGAACUGCAAUGGGGGAAUCAGAGAUGUCCAUCACUCAUGGAAUUGUGCAUCCAAAAAAUAUGUAAAGAUAUAGAGAAAUAUAACACGUUUUCUAUGCUUCCAAGAGACAUUAGUCAGCAGAUCUUCAAUGAACUGGUGUAUUCUCAAUGUUUGACUGAGGUUUCUCUUGAAGCUUUUCGAGAUUGUGCUCUCCAGGAUCUUCACUUGGGAGAAUGUCCUGCCGUUAAUGAUAAUUGGAUGGAUGUUAUCUCUUCACAAGGGAUAUCUUUACUCUCUGUGGAUCUUUCUGGAUCAGAUGUCACUGAUUCCGGUCUGAUUUAUUUAAAAGACUGCACAAACGUUCAAGCCUUAAAUUUUAAUUAUUGUGAACAGAUUUCAGACCUUGGACUUCGUCACAUCAGCAGCCUCUCAAACUUGACAACUUUGAGUUUUAGAAGAAACAAUUUUAUUACAGCGCAAGGAAUGAGUGCCUUUGCCAGCUUAGUUAACUUGGUUAAACUGGACUUGGAGAGAUGUCCUGGCAUUGGUGGUGGACUUGCUCAUCUUAAAGGUUUGAGGAAGCUGGAAUCUCUUAACGUUAAAUGGUGUAACUGCAUAACAGAUGCUGAUAUGAAGGAUCUCUCAGGGUUGAUAAACUUGAAAGGAUUACAAAUUUCCUGCAGUAAGGCGACAGAUGUGGGCAUUUCUUAUUUGAAAGGUUUGCAUAAGCUUAAUCUGUUAAAUUUGGAGGGGUGCCCAGUCACUGCUGCAUGCUUGGACUCUCUCUCAGAUCUUGCCUCUCUGAUGUACUUGAAUCUUAACAGAUGUCAGCUAUCUGAUGAUGGAUGUGAGGGUUUCUCCAAGCUCAGGAAACUAAAGGUGCUUAACUUGGGCUUCAAUGACAUCACGGAUGCAUGUUUGGUUCACCUGAAAGGUUUAACAAACUUAGAGAGCUUGAACUUAGAUUCUUGCAGAAUUCAUGAUGAGGGGUUGGCUAAUAUGACAGGCAUUCAACGUUUGAAAUGUUUAGUGUUGUCGGAUACUGAAGUUGGAAGCAAUGGGCUGCGCCACCUAUCUGGUUUGACCAAUUUGGAGAGUAUAAAUUUAUCAUUCACUAUGGUUACGGAUGGUGGUAUAAGAAAAUUGUCUGGAUUGUCAUCUCUUAAGUCACUUAAUCUAGAUGCUCGCCAAAUUACAGAUAGUGGACUUGCAGCCCUGACGAGUUUGACUAAAUUGACACACUUGGACCUCUUUGGAGCUCGUAUUACAGAUUCUGGAACAAACUAUUUGCGAAAUUUCAAGAAUCUGCAGUCCCUGGAAAUAUGUGGAGGAGGAUUAACUGAUGCUGGCAUAAGGAACAUCAAAGAUCUUUCAUCCUUGUCACUGCUAAAUUUGUCACAGAACUGCAACCUAACAGAUAAAUCAUUGGAAAUGAUUUCUGGGUUGACAGGGUUGGUCUCAUUGAACAUGUCAAAUUCUCGUAUAACCAGUGCAGGGUUGCAGCAUCUGAAGCCACUGAAAAAUUUGAAGUCAUUGACCUUGGAGUCAUGCAAGGUGACGGCCAGUGACAUUAAGAGACUUCAAUCAAGUGAACUUCCUCAACUGGUGAGCUUCCGGCCCGAGUAGUUGAGGAUGUAAAUAUGGAACAUUCUGUAAAUAGCUUCUGUUGGCAUGGAAGGUCUCCGAUAUUCUAAAUAAUAACAAAGUUUACAAAAUGAUGAACUGUACAUAUGCAUAUGGGGAAUGCUUCAAAAAGAAUUUGCCCAGUAUGUGAAGCUUUCUUUCAUAUUGUUCAGUAUGAAAAGAAAUUGUAGAUAAGCUUCCGUGGCAAGUAUUUUGAGCUAUGGUAAAUUAGGAUUGCCAAAAAAAAAAAAUCGUGUAUAUGCUUGUUAGACAGCUUGUUAUGCACUUAUUUUUCUUUUAUAUUUUCAGUUUCUCUGCAUUAGCUAUAAGCUCUUAAAACUAAUUCCAUGAAUAUGCACGUGCUUGUUUGUUUUCUUA